CCGGCCGGAGAGGCUGGCCUCAGUCGGCCGCGACAUUCGGUCCGCGAUACCAUUCCCAGUAAUCUCUGUCUACUGGACCUGACCACGAUUAGUGUGGGGUGCCGGUUGGUUGAAAUCUUUCGCAGUCGAAAAUAAAGCCCUCCGAUCGAUCGCCGGUCAUUGAUCCGUUAUCGGUGAACUUGAACUCGUCGUUGUCGAAGGCUUGGUUCGAUUUAUCUAAAAGACGUACGAACAAGUUCGGUGCAGGAUGGACGUGAAAGCGGACACGGAGAAGAUCGACGAAGGGAAAAGAAGUCGCGAGACGUGAGAGGAAUCGUUUGCGCGAGUGAUCGUCGAAGGAUUACCGUUGUCGACCGAUUUUUACGGAAUCGAGUGAACUGGAACGUAGCCAAAAGCACAUCUAUCCGUUGCCGCGUAAAGUAACUCUUGCUCGGUGCGGUAGCGAUCACCACGUGGAUCAACGGUGAACCCUAUCACCGUUACGUUCGUUUCUCGAAGAAGUCUAACAACCGCCUGCCUUCUGGCCAUCCAUAUUACCAGAGAACCGGAGAGCAUCGUUCCUUCCCUCUUAAACCGAUCAUUAAUGUCUCGAUCGUGGUUCUUGAUGUGCAGAGCCGCGCGUCGAUCGCGAUGCAUCCUUGAACAGACAGGAUUCUGAGGGAAAAGAAUCGAUCGAGGAGUGGAGCUGGCUAGGAUAAUGUAAGGUGUCUGAGAAGUGAGGUUUCUCCAAGACGAAAUGACGCUCGAUAGGAGGUUGCCGUUGCCGUUGUUGUUGUUGUUGUUGUUGAUCUUUCUGAUGGCGUUCGAUCUGUUCGCGGUGGAGGCUAGGCAUCAUCAUCCGCGGGAGGAGGUGGCAAGCGAGGCUAGACACAGACACAGGCACAGGCACGAGUCCUCGAACGGGAAGAGAAAUCGUCAUGAAUCCUCUUUGUCGCAGGUGCCUGACUACGAGGAUGACUACGAGCAGGAUGAUUACGAUCCUGGUCCCUAUUACUACGAGAGAUCCUAUCCUCGUAGGACGGCGAGGAUAAUCGGACCGCACGGACCGAAUCGGAUCCUCGAAACGCGUUACUCGGCAAAGUAUCGCCGAGGUGGUAGUUAUCGCGGGACAGGAGGUUGGUACGAGCAGGUACCCCGAUAUCCGAGUACAAGUUACAUGGGAAGGGCCGAUAGGACCUACCGCAGCAGACUCGGCCAUUCGAGAACUCGCGACCAAGAGUACGAAGAGUACGAAGACCAGUUCGAUUACGAAAAACCUUCCCGCGGUUACGAGGACGACAGGCAUCGUUCUUGGUGGAAAAACGGAAAGAAACAGAGGAUCGCGCCUUCCAGGCACGAUUGGCGUCCUGACGUUCGAAAGAGACACCAUCCUGACGAUCUGCAAGGAUCGAGGAGAUUCGAUAACAAUUGGAGAAAAUUCAAUUCCACAGAGUCGAGGUAUUUCUUUCGAACGAACAGGAAAAAGAUGGACAGGCCAAAAGAUUACGAUUAUCCUGUAGAUGGCUACGAUGAUAGGGACAAGGACGAAGAAGAAGAGGAGGAGGAGGAGGAGGAGGAGGAGGAAGAGGAGGAGGAUCAGAACGAUGACGACGAGGAGGAUCAGAACGAUGACGACGAGGAGGAUCAGAACGAAGACGACGACGAGGAGUUUGAUAAUGAUUUUUACAAGAGGGAUAAGAAAUCUCCUUUGAAAACGUACGACGACAUCAUUAGACGAUUGACGUCCAACGAGCCGACCACGGUUAGAACCACCAUAAAAAGAGAUUACAGGAACAUCGUGGAGGCGGAGAGACACGCGAAACGAAAUGCUUUUGAAAAUUUCAAGUACGAACCAAGGAACCUCAGCAGAUCGCUGGUUCACGAUCGUGGACUGAAAUUUGCGGCAUCCUCGUUCGUUGGCUUCGAUCGUCAAUCGGUGAAGAAGAUCGUGGAAAAUCCGUCCAGUAAAUUGUUCAGCUCGCCGGUCGAUCGUAAAUUAGCGAAGAACGCCAGCAACGCGGACGAUCGGCAAGAGAAGAAAAUCGUUUCGAAGAUGGACGAUAGUCAGGCACGGACCAAGAGUCUCGAGCAGGAUUACGACGAGUAUGUGAAUGCGCCGGAUAACGAGAAGGAGGAGGAUCUCAUCAAGGCUGGAGUAGAAGAAGACUCGGCUAUGCAGGCGGACGUUACUAAUACCGAUUACACGGAGGAUGAAGACGAAGACGAAACUCCUCCAACGACCACCACCUCGACAACAACCACAACUACAACCACCACGACGACCACAACUACACCGAAACCUGUAGUUACGCAGAAUUACGACUACAGAGAUUCGAGAGGUCACGAGGGCGGAACUGGAGCCCAAUAUAAUGGGUAUCAAUCAAAAACCGACUAUCCACCGAUGUCGGCUCACAGUGCGCACAAGUGGCAGACUCUGGGCACUCGAGAAAGCGUCAAAGAAACCAGAAGCAACAUGCAGCAGUACAACAAAAACGGGAAGACGGCUGAAAUUCGAGAGGCUCUUCAGCACGCGAUCAAGGUUUCCCGAGAGGGUAGCUGUCAAUGGCCAAGGCCAAGGGUGAUUCCAGUUCGCGAUGUCUACCCGAGCCCAUCGACCACCUACAUUCCACACUGCGCGAUUUUGCACAGGUGUUCGGACGACACCGGAUGUUGUAGAUCGGAAGCGCUCACCUGCGUGCCGAAACACUCGCACCGCGUCGAACUCUCCUUCUACACGACGAACGUAGGCGGCAGCAGCGUGGUAGAAAAGCUAUCCUUUUACAACCACACGGAAUGCGAGUGCAGAGAGAAGACCGAAUACGACACGACCAACGAGAAACCCUCGGAGCAAAGAGUCUACAGACAUUUUGCGAGCUCGCUGCAACCUCAGAACAUGAGAAGGACGCAACCGAGAAAACCGUGCCGAUGCCCGUCGGAAUUCACGCCAAGGAUCACCUCCGAUGGCGAGUGCCAGUGCAACUGCUACGAGACUGAUCAAAACUGCAUCAAGAUCAGAAGGGGAAAAGGAUUCUUCUCUCUAGCUGAUAGAUUAUGCAUUCAAAACGACGAAUGCGCGUUGCCCAGCUGCGAGUUUGGCGAGUAUAUGCGGCGACAGGGUAAAUGUCCCCGGAAAAAGGACAAGUUCGACAAAAUCGCCAAUUACCACAGGAACCCGAGCCACUGGUACAGGAGUUAGAACGCAGAGAAGAGAACGGUAUGACGAAGAGGAAGUGCCGAAAGAGAAACAGUGAAAAGUAGGAAGAACGAGGGUCGAGACGCGACGGUGCCAUUUUAUUUCCGAGUGCCUUUUAUCAGAGACUCGUUACAUAUGACUCGUCCUAUGUACCUAUCCCGGCGACCUUAACGCUAUACUCUAAUGUCCCUCUUUGUUUUUUAUACUAUCGUUAUCGUUAUCGUUAUCGUUAUCGUAAUCGUUAUCGACGAGAAUCAUUCGAUCAGACCAGUGAUAAAUCACAAAUAACGGUAGAAAUGCUUUAGUUAUUAAAGUUUAGUAAAACCUUCUUGUCGAGUGCCUCGAAUUUGUUUAUGUAAAGGAUGGAACGCGUAACUAAAACGUUUCACUUAUAGUUUUCAUUAGAAUCGAUGUUUGCUGCCAACUUCUACGUAGGUGGUUUUAAUUACGUGAUUCAUCCUGAGUAUUUUUCUAGAAUGAUUGUAAACAUCGUCGAGCAUUCUGAAGCGAGGAUAAACUCGUUACGGACGAGAUAGAGCUCUAGAUAGUUUAAUCGUGUUCGAUGAUACUCGUCGCUGUGUGGAAGAAUCAAAAGAAAAGGGAGCGGAAAGUUACAUAUCCGGAAUUCGAAGAUCUGAGAAAGGCGCGAUGACAGAGGUCUCGAUUAUUCGUACGUUAACGGCGAAGAAAAGGUUGGACCAUAAGCCUAGUCUAAGAUCCUGCCUCUAUAUUCUGCGCGGAACCGACACGCUCGCGACAUCAAGUGUCCUAUACCAAAGCGAGAAAGUUGUAAAGACGAGAAACAAUCGCGCAGAAUUAACGAUACAGAUCCCUUUAAUUGUACUCGUAUUUUUUUAUCUUCGAACCAAGGUUCAUCGAGAAGCAUUAAUAAUCGUUAGUAGGUUUAUUAACUUUUCAAAUUUAAACUCCAAGGCCCGCGAUAAGCCGGGAAACACCAGACUGGUGGCUCCAUCUAUCAACGUUUUCUACGAAGCUAUCAGUGAAUGCAAAUUUGUUUCUCAAUGAACCAACCGCAAGAUCAUUGCCCACCUGUAUGUACAGACUACUGACUACUAACGAUGAACCUUCGAAGAAACAAUUCAAGUAUACGAGAAGAAGAAAAAACAAAGUUCGACCGGCUCAAAGUGACGUUCGAGCCGCGGGUAUUUCGUAUCGCGCCCUCUAUACGUGUUUUGUACGCUUUUAUAUACAUUAUCGUAGUAUGUACGUACGUAGUAGCCGAUUUGAUCGCGAAACCGAUAGCUGAUCGAGCAUUUAUGAGCCAAUGGACACAAUUCGUGUAUAGAUCGGUCCAUUUUACGCUAUUCUAAAAUCUUAGGUCACACUACUUAGAUGUCGCUUUAUCAGAUGAUUCCCGCCCUAUGAAACAUGCAAUUUUCCAAACUCGAUCUAUACGCGAAUUUACGAUUUUUGGUGCCGAAUAUUCUACUGUUAAUAAUACAUUGGACGCCACUCGACAUUCAGCUUGCACUGUUGUUCUCGCUACGAACUUUAAUAAGCAAUCUAUAUACAUAUAUAUAUAGACGUAGACAGCAAAUCAAGCAGCAAUGUUGUAUAAAGAAAUUCAUGAUUAUCGUUUCAAUAAAAUCGCAACUUACGUUUAUGUGUA